AUGUGGAAAAAGUCAGGAAAAGCUUUCUGUGACACUUCACCGUGUAUGAAUGGGGGAACAUGUAGGAUUUCUGGUACUUACUACAAGUGUGAUUGUCUUUCAAGCUUUAGUGGGGACAACUGUGAAACGUCUUCUGGAUGUGACCCAAAUCCUUGUCAGAAUGGUGGUGGCUGCACAAACCUGCAAGGAGGGUAUUGUUUUAAUUGUCAAUGUUUAUUUCUAGUUGUGCAGGGCUGCAAUCCAAAUCCAUGCUUGAAUGGUGGAGUGUGUACUACAGUUGCUACCUGUAGUUUUUCAUGCUUAUGCCCCUCAGGGUUCACCGGAUCAGUUUGUCAACAAGUAUCGGUUACUCAAGUCCCGGAUGCCUGCAGCAAUUCACCUUGUAAGAACAGUGCUACAUGUAUUCCAAUGACUGAAACGACGUACAUGUGUCUGUGUGCGAAUGGCUUCAUUGGAGCAGAUUGUGCCUAUACACUACGAGAUCCUUGUGAGAACCAUAUGUGUCCGAAUGGAGCAGCCUGUGAAGUAGUUCCUGGUUCGUGCACCCAGUACACAUGUACUAAUUGUCCAGCAUGUUUUGGCGGUCAAUACUGUUCAGAACCUGUGGAUGGAUGCUCCAAUCACAACUGUCAAAAUGGAGCUGUUUGUACAUCUGUUCCAGGGUCUUGUAUGCAGUAUUCCUGUCAGUGCACUGGUUGCUACACAGGACAGUUCUGUGAUACUCCUUUUGAUGGGUGUCAGAACAAUAUGUGUGAAAAUGGCGGUCAAUGCGUCCUUGUUCCAGGUUCGUGCACGUCAUUUUCAUGCAUUUGCUCUUCAUGCUUCACCGGAGCUCUUUGCCAAACUGCUAUAAACCCAUGUGAUAAUAACUUGUGCCAAAAUGGUGGGAUCUGUUCCCCUGUACCAGGAUCCUGUACAGAUUACACCUGUCUGUGCCUACAAUGCUACUCUGGUAGCUUUUGUACUGAAGCUGUUGAUGCUUGUGUAAACCACAACUGUCUAAAUGGUGGUACGUGUUCUCGUAUUGCCAGCUCAUGUACUACAUACAACUGUGUUUGCCCGGACUGCUUUAUGGGAUCAUUUUGUGAAUUAGGUAUAAAUGCAUGCUCUAAUAAUCAAUGCCAAAAUGGGGCUGCAUGCGUAGCUACACCUGGUUCUUGCACUUCGUACACUUGCACCUGUCCAACAUGUUUCAGCGGUCAGCUCUGUCAAGUUGAAACAAGAGCAUGUGAUUCAAACGUGUGUCAGAAUGGCGCCCUUUGUAUGGCAAUGGCCAAUGACGUAACAUGUUCAAUAUAUAUUUGUGUGUGUCCUAUGUGUUAUUCUGGUACUAAAUGUGAUAUAGUGUCGGAUGGGUGUACUGUCAAUCCAUGCCAGAAUGGUGGUGCUUGCGUUGCUGUACAAGGUUCGUGUACGGCAUACACGUGCACCUGCCCGAGUUGUUACAUAGGAUCAAGAUGUGACUUAGUUGUUGAUGGCUGUGCUGGAAAUUUUUGUCAGAACAAUGCCGUAUGCUCAUCAUCGGUAUCCAGUUGUACAACAUACUCGUGUACGUGUAGUGGAUGCUUCCAGGGUACAUUUUGUGAAACAGCAAUUGAUCCAUGCGCAAACAGUGUUUGUUCAAAUGGUGGUUUGUGCCUACCAGAUCUUAAUAACUGCAACGCUUAUUCAUGUGUAUGUCCAGCUUGUUACACAGGAUUCUUUUGCCAAACACCGGUUGAGAUAUGUGCUGUUAAUCCAUGUUUGAACGGUGGUAUAUGUGUACCUUUGGCAAGUUCCUGUACUGAUUAUUCCUGCUCAUGUCCAGCAUGCUAUGUUGGAGCCAUGUGUCAGCAAGCUAUUAAUCCUUGUGACAAUAACCUAUGCUCCUCUGGGUCUGUGUGUGUUGCUGUUGCUGGAAGUUGUACAUCUUACACCUGUACAUGUGCUGUAUGUUACAGUGGAACGUUUUGUGAAACAAUGGCAAACCCAUGUGUAACCAGUUUAUGUCAGAAUGGAGGAGUAUGCACCAUUGAUCCAGGCCAGUGUACAAGCUAUUCAUGUACCUGUCCUGCAUGCUAUACUGGAGUAUUCUGUCAAACAGCCAUUGAUAUUUGCAACAACAACCUAUGCCAGAAUGGUGGACUUUGUGUGCCGAAUGGCUGUACCGAUUAUUCGUGUGUAUGCCCUAGUUGUUUCACAGGAACCUAUUGUCAAACAACUGUGACAGCCUGUUCAAACCAGUGUUUAAAUGGAGGAGUAUGCAAUGCAGUUACAGGUUCCUGUACUCUCUACACUUGCACAUGUCCACAAUGCUAUACUGGAGUAAACUGCGAGACACCGAUGACAGCCUGUUCAAACCAGUGUUUAAAUGGAGGAGUAUGCAAUCCAGUUACAGGUUCCUGUACUCUCUACACUUGCACAUGUCCACAAUGCUAUACGGGAACAAACUGCCAGACAUCCGUUGACAUUUGCAGCAACAACCUAUGCCAGAAUGGUGGACUUUGUUUGCCAAACGGCUGUACCAGUUACUCGUGUGUAUGUUCAAGUUGUUUCACUGGAAUGUAUUGUCAAACAGCUGUUGAUGCCUGUGCUAACCAUUUAUGUUUGAAUGGAGCUGCUUGCAAUACUGUCCCAGGCAUGUGUACAGUCUACACAUGCACGUGUGUAGGAUGUUAUACUGGUGGAUUCUGUGGUACAGAGAUCUCAGCAUGCUCAAAUAACCCAUGCCAAAAUGGUGGGAAUUGUGUACAAAAUCCUGGAUCAUGUACUGCAUAUACAUGUGUAUGUCCUAACUGCUAUACAGGAGUACUAUGUGAAACAGUAACUGAUGGUUGCCAGAAUCAUGCAUGUCAAAAUGGUGGUGCUUGUAUGCUGACCCCUGGACAGUGCUCUAGCUACACUUGCACAUGUCCAAGCUGCUACAUGGGGUCAUUGUGUCAAACUCUUAUUAAUCCCUGCUCCAAUAGUCCAUGUCUGAAUGGUGGUGCCUGCACGGUAGUUCCAGGUGGCUGUACAGAUAUUAUAUGUGUGUGUUCAACAUGUUACACUGGUACAUUUUGUGAAAAUGCUGUUAGAGCAUGCACGAAUAACCUUUGUCAGAAUUCUGCUCUGUGUAUGGAAGUAUCUGGUUCCUGCACUGACUACAACUGCUUAUGCACUGGAUGCUAUACAGGAACAUUUUGUCAGACAUCGAGUGAUUCAUGUGGGAGUGCCCCUUGUCAAAAUGGGGGCCAGUGUAUCCUAGCCACUGGCUCAUGUACUUCAUAUACCUGCCAGUGUCCAGCCUGCUACACUGGAACAUUCUGUCAAACAGCUUUGAGUGCCUGUGAUAACCAUGCCUGUGAGAAUGGAGGAACAUGUGUUGCAAUGCCAGGGUCUUGUACAUCUUAUACAUGCAUUUGUUCCACAUGCUACACAGGUGCUAUAUGCCAGACAGCUGUUGAUCCGUGUACUAACAACCUUUGUCAGAAUGGUGCUGUAUGUAAUGCUGUUUCUGGCUCCUGUACUGACUACACCUGUGUAUGUCCAGCUUGUUAUUCCGGCACUUUCUGCACUACAUUUAUGAGUGCAUGCGAUAACCAUGGAUGUCAAAAUGGCGGUGUGUGUCAGCCUGUGUCGGGAUCCUGUUCCGCCUAUUCAUGUGCUUGCACAGGCUGUUAUAUGGGAACUUUCUGUAGUGUACCAUUUAGUGCAUGCACUAACCAUCAGUGUCAAAAUGGUGGAGGAUGUGUGGCCGUUCCUGGAUCGUGUUCUGAUUACACAUGUACGUGCCCAGACUGCUACACUGGAACAUUCUGUCAGACAGAAAGACUUGCUUGCACCGGACAUUCAUGUCAGAAUGGAGGAGUUUGCGAAAUAGUUGCAGGGUCAUGUAUGCAUUACACAUGCGAAUGCCCAACAUGCUACUCUGGAGGCUUUUGCGAAACAUUUUUCGACCCAUGCGUCAACAGCUUGUGUCAAAAUGGUGGUGUUUGUAGACAAUCAGCUUCAAACUGCAUGUCGUUCAAGUGUGAAUGCUCUGCGUGUUUCACUGGAACCUUCUGCGAGACAGAGGUGGAUACAUGUGCUAACCAUGUUUGCAUGAAUGGUGGCGCUUGCAUUGCUACAUCAUGUACGUCGUAUAUGUGUACCUGUCCCGCAUGUUAUAGUGGGGCUCUUUGUCAGACCGGUAUGAACACCUGUGACAACCAUAUGUGUAACAAUGGUGGUAUGUGCAGUCCAGUAGCUAACUCCUGUACAGAUUAUACAUGUAUUUGUCCUGCUUGCUAUAUUGGAAGUUUCUGUGAAAUUGCAAUUGACGGAUGCUACAGCCGUGUCUGUAACAAUGGAGGGACUUGUGUGCCAGAUCCAUCUUCAUGUACUGUAGCAACAUGUAUCUGCACGUCCUGUUUCACUGGACAAAAUUGCGAUCAAUCAAUUGAUCAAUGUGCCAACCACAAUUGCAUGAAUGGAGGAGUUUGUGUUCCAGUGCAAGGAGACUGCAGUAGCUACAGUUGUGUCUGUGCUGAAUGUUACACUGGAAAAUUCUGUGAAUACCAUACAUCAAAUAUUCUUCAGUUCAACCUUUGUGGAGCUUCGCCUUGCAGCAAUGGUGCUCAAUGUUUCACAAGUUAUUUCAGCACCAGCACUCAAGAUCUAACUAAUGAUUACAGCUGUCUCUGCGAAGUGGGUUUCACUGGACCUAGCUGCUUAUUCCCAACUCAAACACUACCAAUGAGUGAUGUGUGUGGUACCACUAACCCAUGCCAGAAUGGAGGAACCUGCAGGAAUCUGUUUAACUCUUAUGACAACUCCAUCAAAUAUAUUUGUGAAUGCCAAUUCGGAUCUAUUGGACUCAACUGCGAACAGCAAGAUCCAAACGUCCUUGGCCGCCGUAAAAGAGACACCUAUGAAAAUGUGGAAAAAGAUGAGUGUUAUUGUGUAUAUGGUGAAUGUAUCAUCAGUGAUGUUGGAAACAAGUCGCAUUGUCUUUGCAGUGAUGGAUAUACUGGUGAACAUUGUGACCAAUGUAAGCAUAAUUGA